GCCGAAAAAUUAUAUCAAAAUCGCAAUUUUUUUUUGUGACAUCAGAGAGAUGCUAUUGAGCUCUCGCCUAAGCACAUACAAAAAUACUUUCUCUCUUCAUAUACACACACAAUAUUAAUGAUAUUAGAUUGAUAAUCAUAUCACGUUUUGUCAAAAGAAAAGGAGAAAAAAAGAAUCACACACAGAACAUCUAUUGAGAAAAUGAGAAAAUAAAAGAAAACCGAGAAAAAUUGAUAGAAGAGCGCGAGAGGCGCAAAUACAAACAUUAAUUGAUGCCAAUUCAGUAAAUCCAAGGAAAAUCGAAACAUUAAAUCAGAACAAAAUGGGAAGUGAGCAAAAGAAACCGGCAUAUAUCAAGUACUUGUUUGGAGGUUUAUCAGGGAUUGGUGCAACAACGUUCGUGCAACCAUUGGAUUUGGUAAAAAAUCGUAUGCAAUUGUCGGGUGCGGGCGGCGGUAAGAAAGAAUACAAAAAUACAUUCGAUGCAUUGAGCAAAAUAUUGAAAGCCGAAGGUGUAACUGGAAUUUAUAAGGGGCUCGGUGCUGGUUUCUUGCGACAAGCAACGUACACGACAACUCGUCUGGGCGUAUACACCGGUCUCAAUGAUUCAUAUAAAAUUAAAUUUGAUGGACCACCAAAUCUAUUAGCUUCAAUGUUAAUGGGAGUUAUCGCUGGCGCUUCAGGAGCAUUCGUUGGAACACCAGCCGAGGUAGCGUUGAUUCGUAUGACGGCCGAUGGACGUUUGCCAUUGAAUGAACGCCGAAAUUAUACGAGUGUGUUCAAUGCAUUGGCACGAAUUACACGCGAAGAGGGUGUACUGACAUUAUGGCGUGGUUGUAUACCAACGAUGGGCCGUGCAAUGGUGGUGAAUGCUGCUCAAUUAGCAUCGUACAGUCAAGCUAAACAAUAUUUGGUUCGUAGUGGAUACUUUACAGAAGGCAUUAAAUUACAUUUCGUGGCCAGCAUGAUGUCCGGUUUCAUUACAACGGUUGCAUCAAUGCCGGUUGACAUUGCAAAAACUCGUCUUCAAAAUAUGAAAGUGUCGGCCGAUGGUAAAGCUGAAUACCGUGGAACGGUGGAUGUAUUGAGUCGCGUUGUUCGCCAAGAAGGUUUAUUCGCGCUAUGGAAAGGUUUUACGCCAUAUUUCUGUCGCUUGGGACCGCACACCGUACUCACAUUCAUAUUCCUUGAGCAAAUGAACAGCGCGUACAAUAAAUUCGUGCUUGGUGGCUCAGGGGGUAGCUCGGGAUUGUAAAUAAAUAUCAAAACCACCGACAUUUCUUUUGAAACCAUAGUCCACGCCUCAUUUAAUAUAUAUGUAGAGAAAUUGAAUCUGUUUUUUAUUUAUAUAUUUUUUUGCUUUGUUUAUUUACACCAGAUCAAAAUUCGCAAUACAGUUUUAUUCGCCUAGUUUAAAAAACCGAAUAUUUUUGUUGCUCAUCAUUGCAUGCAUUUGAUACGAAGAAAAAUAUCACGAAAAUCAUGUUAUUUAUGUUAUUUGAUGAAAAUUUGAAAUUUUCGAAAGAAUUGAAAGAAACAACCAGAAAUUAUAUUAUUCGAUUAAAUGGAGAAAUUUUAAUUGACAACAACAAAAAUGUUAAACUUGUUAGAAAAUCUAAACUAUUCAUGAUUUAUUAUUAUUAUUAUUAUUCAAUUAGUCUUGAAUUGUUCAAUUACCUAAAAAUAUUCACAUUUAACAAUAACAAAUAUGAUAAAUAUGUAGUCAAGUCAAAUCAAUUUAUUAGAGUAAAAAAUUUGCUUAAAAUUUACUGCACAAAUUUAAAAAAAGAUACUGUAUUAUCUAAACUUGCUACAAGUAUAUAGAUUGUGUUCAAACUAACUUGUUUGAAGGAAAAAAGACACACAUUUAGAUGUUGUUUUUGUCAGAGCAGUAAAGGUCAACAUAACCGGUAUAUACUGACUCGGAAAAUUGUGACGUAUUAUAUGACGCACACGACAAUAAAAAAAAUGAAUUAAACUAAAAA